AUGUCGAUAUCAAAAAUAAAACAUGCUGCAAAAUCUUUAAAAACAUUUCAAGGUAUUCAUUUUGAAAAUUGCCUGGACAAUGGUGAAACAGCGGAACAAAUGAAUAAAUGGCUUUUAGAAGUUUCAUGGGAAGUAGCUAAUAAAGUUGGUGGAAUUUAUACUGUUAUUCGUUCUAAAGUGCCUAUAACGAAAAAAGAAUAUGGAAAUAAUUAUAUUUGUUUGGGACCAUAUAAUGAUUCAUUUGUUAAAACCGAAGUUGAAGUUAGUGAAUCAAAAAUUGAUGCGAUACGUGAAACAGUUAAUGAAAUGAGACGUUAUGGUGUUCAUGUUGUAACUGGUAAUUGGUUGAUUGAAGGUUUUCCACAAGUUGUUCUCUUUGAUAUUGGUUCAGCAGCACAUCGAUUAGAUGGUUGGAAAGGAGAUUUUUUUGAAUAUGCUCAUAUCGGUAUUCCAUAUCAUGAUCGAGAAUCAAACGAUGCAUUAAUAUUCGGUUUUUGUGUUUUUUGGUUUAUUGGUACAUUUAUUGAACAAGUGAAAAAAAUUAAGAAAAGCUAUGUUAUUGCUCAUUUCCAUGAAUGGUUAGCUGGUGUUGGUCUUGUCAUGGCACGUCUUCGUGGUUAUGAUUGUGGAUUAAUAUUUACAACUCAUGCAACUCUUUUAGGACGAUAUUUAUGUGCUGGUUCAACUGAUUUUUAUAAUCGUUUAAGUCAUUUUGAUCUUGAUAAAGAAGCUGGUGAUCGUCAAAUAUAUCAUCGUUAUUGUAUUGAAAGAGCUGCUGCAUCUUGUGCACAUGUAUUUACAACUGUAUCAAAAAUUACUGGCAUUGAAUCAGAAUUUUUAUUAAAUAGAAAACCUGAUUUAUUAACGCCCAAUGGGCUUAAUGUUCAAACAUUUGCUGCAUUGCAUGAAUUUCAAAAUUUACAUGCACAAAAUAAAGAAAAAUUAAAUGCAUUUGUACGCGGACAUUUCUACGGACAUUAUGAUUUUGAUUUGGAUAAAACAUUAUAUUUCUUUAUUGCUGGUCGAUAUGAAUUUUCAAAUAAAGGUGCUGAUAUGUUUAUUGAAUCAUUAGCUCGAUUAAAUCAUAUGCUUAAAUCAUCUGGUUCGGAUGUAACUAUUGUCGCAUUUAUGAUCUUUCCAACGCCAACAAAUAAUUUUAAUAUCGAAUCCUUACGUGGACAGUCUGUUGCUAAAAUGCUUCGUGAUACAGUACAAAAUAUUCAAAGUGAUAUUGGAAAACGACUUUAUGAAAUUUGCUUAAAAGGUUGUCUUCCAAAACCUGAACAGAUAUUACAUCCAAGUGAUUUAAUUGAAUUAAAAAAAUGCAUCUAUGCUUCACAACGAUCAUCAUUACCUCCAAUAUGUACACAUAAUGUAUGUGAUGAUUCAACUGAUCCAAUAUUAGGUGCAUUACGUCGUUGUCAAUUAUUUAAUGCACGUUAUGAUCGAGUUAAAGUUAUAUUUCAUCCAGAAUUUUUACGUUCAACAAGUCCAUUGUUACCACUUGAUUAUGAAGAAUUUGUUCGUGGUUGUCAUUUAGGUGUAUUUCCAUCGUAUUACGAACCAUGGGGUUAUACACCAGCUGAAUGUACGGUUAUGGGUGUACCAAAUAUUUCAACAAAUUUAAGUGGAUUUGGAUGUUUUAUGGAAGAACAUGUACAUGAACCACAAACAUAUGGUAUCUAUGUUGUUGAUAGACGUUAUAAAAGUCCGGAAGAAUCAGUUCAUCAACUUGCUCAAUAUAUGUUUGAUUUUUCACAAUUAACUCGACGACAACGUAUUAUUUUACGUAAUCGUACUGAACGAUUAAGUGAGUUAUUAGAUUGGAAUACAUUAGGCAUUUAUUAUUAUCGUGCUCGUCAAAUGGCUUUACAACGUACUCAUCCUGAAUUUGAAGAAGAAUUAGUCAAACUUACGAAUGAAACAUUUUCUGCUCCAUCAACACCUGCUGUGUCUCGUUCAUCGACACCUGCACCACCUGAUCAUUAUGAAGGAAGUGAUGAUGAAGAAUCAGAUCAAGACCAACCGCAAUCACCACAUCAUCGUGAAGAGCAAAAUUCAUUCGAAAAAAUUCAAACGCCAGCUGACAUCAAACCUUCAUCAACAGCCGAUGAAAGAUAUGGACCACAUUUAGACCGUGCUGAUUCAGUUCGUCUUCUUUCAAUAAACAAAAAUAGUCCUCAAGCUGUUGCUGGUAAUGCUGCCAAUGUUUCUCAUACAAAUGAACCAACAUUUACUGAUGCUAAUGAUGAUGAAGUUAACGAAUUAACAGGUGGAAAAGAAAAUCAUGGAAAUAUGUAUGUCAGUACAAGUAAUAGUAAACCUGGAUUAUUACCUGAUGCUCAAACAACAGCACUCAAUAAGAAACUCAAUCUAGGCUUACCUGAUCAUGGCACAUUUUCAGAUCCACAUGAUGGACAAAAAGAAGAACCUAAUAGUACUAGAAGAGCUACAGUAUCAACACAAGAUGAUUUACCAUCUGCUGAUGUUUUACAUAAAUCAUUAAGUGGAAAUAAUACCGCUUCAUUUGCACCAAUAAGUGCAUCUGGUGCUCAAUAUUCAUCAGCUUUUGUUGAUCAACAAGCUGCAAAAUCAGUUGGUAAAGAACAAAUAUAG